AUGGAAGCCUUAAAAAACAAAAUUAAAUCUAGUCAAGAAGCCUUAAAUUAUCUUCUUCAAAAUGAGCCUAAUAAAGAAGCCAAAAUUGUCCGCUUAGAGACCCAAAUUAAAAUCUUGGAAGAAGUAGAAAACCAAUUACGGGAACAAGUUAAGGAGGAAAGGGAAAUCCACCAAGACAGCAUGAAAGCCAUGGAUAACUUUUACCAACAAAAUCCACCUCACGAAAAUAUUAGAUUAAAAAAUAUUCUCCAACAGUUUGAAGAAAAAUAUUUAAAACUUAAUCGAGAGAACAAACAAAAAGAACAAAAAAUUAAGAAAUUGGAAAGCACCAUUGAAACAGCCGAGAAAAUUAUUGAAAAUGAAUGCCAACCCAAAGAGACCAAGGAACGGGGAACUCAAACUGAAUUAACAGGAGAGAAAUUGGCGAAACAACAAAAAGAAAAUCAAGAAUUAAAAGAGCAGAUAAAAAAUCUUACUCUUAAAAAAUAA